AUGUCUUGCACAGCUAUCAGACUACGUCAAUUUAUAGAUCCUACACCCUACCUCCCUCCAGGCACUGUUGUUCGUCAAGGAAAGGACAUUCAAGGGUUCUAUCCUGGGCAACUAGGAAGGGUACAUAAGGCAUGCAUGCCUGAAAUAACUCCAAGACUUUUCAUAAAACUGCACCCAGCUCCAGUGCAGCAUGAAGUUGAAACUGAGUACCCACAUGACUUUGAUAAUUUAACUCUUCAGAGCUAUGUCCCUUUUCAAAGGACAGUGAAAAAGGCAAUGAAUGACUGGUACAAGCAAACCACCUACAAAGAGGAAUUUGCACUGCCAUUUUACAACAUGGACCACGAUGAGGAUAAAUACACACCAAGAACUGAUCCUGGACCACUGACAAUCUGGAGAUUUGCUGAUCCAAAAAAUAUAACCUGCCCUUGCUUGUGAGAGAAGUAUUUCAGCUGAGCUUUAAGAAAAUAAAAGCAACCCAUUGAAGUUAAUCCCGUUUGAGACUUUCAGAAGUCUGCUUCUGUUAAGCUAUACUGUAUCAUUUUACAGUGUAGUUUGUGUUGGUGAUGCUACUUGAAAACUUUAAUCAAGUUUUAUCUGUGAAUAUGAAUAUAUGGAUUACUUUGCACAAUGGAGUCAACAGUUGGGAACGGAGACACUUAAUUCCCAGUGCAUGUUCUUGUUAGCUGUGCAUUUUGGGAAUAUAGUAAUCUUAUUUAGUUUAUCCUUGGGGAGAACAAUUGGAGAGACCACUCCUCAGCACUAUAGGGCACACUUACCCCAUUUUCCUAUGAAGCAGCUCAAGGAAGGGUGCCAAAACUGCAGGAAAAUAGAAGUGAACAUGGGAGAUCUUUCUCUAAAACAUCCCCUCAAUAGGGGCUUUAGCAGCUGAGUUUGCUGGAGAGAAGGCCUUCAAAUCCCCAUGUUGCUUAGUCCAGCAGCAAUCAGGGCUUUCUAGAUGGAAGGCUGCUCAAUACAGCUCCACUGCAACCUUCUCUCUGGCAGCAUUGAUCUGAAUGCAUGAAAGGAGCUAGGCACUUAAGUGUCAAUUUUGGGAACAUGGAAAUGCACAAGACUCCCGCUGAAACUCUCUAGGUACCUAAACUCACUCGGCUCUUAAAAAAAACAAACAAAAAAAAAACCCCAAACUUUUUUUGGGAGUAAGAAGUCUCUAGGCAAGUAUCUUUCUGCCUCUGGGUAUGUACACGGCUGUGUCCCCGUGUGGUGUCAGUUGCCUCCUCUUGUGAAAUCAGCUGCAAUAACGUUUACUGUCUUCAAAAGGAUUUUAAAUCUCAAAGUUCUUCCCCUUCCCCAAAAUGAAAUUUGCUUAGACUAAAAACAAGUGUUUCAACUCCCACUAUUAACUUUUAUGGGAUGAUUUAAUUCAAUGUGCAGAGUUAAAGUCUGGGUAAAGACUUCAUUCCUCCACACUGCAAAAAUACUGGUAUGGCAGUGACAUUUAUAGCAGUUUAAGGAGGCAAGACUUUUUGCUUCUCAAGCUGAGAAAACAAAGAGGCCAUAGUGCAGUCUCUUUAUCGUGAAAGUGCAACUUACAAAUGUAGAUUACG